GGACUCUGAGCCAUGUAACCGGCGAUCGCCCGUAAACGAACUCAUCGGACCGGAUAACGAGCGGAAGGCCAUUCGCUCGAGGGAAAGCAUGGCCGUCCGUCUGUGCUCGAUCGCCGGAACUUCGCUCGCGCCAUCGUCGGAACCAGUCAGACUCCGGCGAUUCCUUCCCGUUUGCCAACUUUCCGGCGACAGGGAACCAUCCGGAGCGUCGCCAGAUGCUCCGGGCAGGCUGCAGAGGAGCCCCGCGGAGGAGUUCUCGUCCCUCGCACUAGUGUUCCGUAGGAGGCUUCUCGUGGGCAUUGCAUCGGCCUCGCUGGUGGCUGUCGGGGCGAACUUCGCCGGAGUGACGAGCACCGUACUGGGGCUGGCGCCGGAAGCCGGACGGACCCUGAGGCUCGACGUCCUGUACCCAAUCGAAGGUUACAGUCGUUGCUGGGAUCCCUCCUUCGGUUUCGAGUUCAUCUAUCCAGCAACUUGGGUGGGAGAUCAAAGGCUGUUGUAUCGAGCUGCAGGAAGAGCAGAAUUGGAGAGGUCUUUGGAUCCCCCGCCACUCAACAGCAGCCCCAGGCGGAAAUCUUCCAUAGAGCCGGUGGCAGCAUUUGGCCCGCCGGGUUCCACCGGCGAACUUAACGUUAGCGUCAUCGUCACCCCGGUUCCCCUGGACUUUGCAAUUGAAGCUUUUGGAGGUGCAAAGGGAGUUGGGGAGACACUGAUAAAGAAGAUCUCUGGUUCUGGGAGGCCAGGGAUUGAAGCCACACUAAUAGACUCUAAGGCAAUACCUGAUUCUCAGUCAAAUAUCAUGUACUACAACUUAGAAUUUGAGGUGGAAAGCCCCUCAUUUCGCAGGCACAAUGUUGCUGUCUGUACUGCGCAUAAUGGCAGAUUGUUCACCUUGAAUGCUCAGACACCAGAAUCAGAAUGGCAGUCUGUGAAAGAUACGUUCUAUAGGAUAGCAAAUUCUUUCAGGCUUCUUGAUAUGUAGAUAUAUCCAAGAAAAAACUAAUCUCACAUCUGCCCAUGUAAAUUAAUGUUUUUUUCCUUUUUCUAGAAUAAGUUGAAAUUGGUAUUCUUUAUGAAGUUUCGUUGGACACGAUAUGCCAUGUAAAUUAUUGUUUUUUUCUUUCAUUUUCUAGAAUAAGUUGGAAUUGGUAA